AUGACCGUGUUUAUGAUCAUCCUCAAUGUUCUCACCCCGUCGGUGGCCCUGCUGCUCGCCAUCGGCUGCAACAAGAAGGAGCGCAUGCUGUAUGAGCAGCAGAAGCAGAAGGAGUUUGCCGAUGAGCAAGGCAGCGGAUCCACGAAGAAAGCCAAGCCGGGCUCAAGCGAAAAAGCUGCUGGUUCGGCGAAGAAACCAAGUCCCAAAGUCGUAAGCCUAAAGAAGUCGGGCUCGAAGGAAUCAAUGCGGAACAAGCUCGCUGCUGCAGCCGACGCGCGGGAUCCCUCGAAAAAGAAUAAAAUCGCAUCCGGUCGCGACUCGUCGAGGCGCCGUAUCGGUCGC